CUCCUCUCUCUCUCUCUCUCUCUCAUGCAGUCCUGAGGUAUAAAUGCUGCACACUCUCUUUUCCAUCUAUUGAUGUAUCUCUCUCUUCUCUGCCAAAAAAGAUGUACCUCUCUUCAUUUAGACAUAGGCCUGUAAAGAGGCCUCUGAGCAGAAGAAGACAGUAAAAAAAGCAAAGCCCAAGCAGGAGAAAGAUCACAUUUUUUUUCCAAUUGUUUCAAUGGGAAAAGGCUUCAGUGGAGAGCAGAGGAGUUAAAGAGGGAGGAAUCUCAAGUUGCUAUCUUUCCUCUUCUCACUCCCCACUGUGUGGCUUGGGUGUGGUCUUGUGCCGGCUUCAGAGCUUUGAGUGUGGAGAAGAGAAGGCAAGUAGGGGGAGGCUUUGGCUUUGAAUGGGUUGGACUGGGCUGCCCUGCUCUUCUCUGAAACCAAGGCACUUUUGCUGCUUCUCAACUUGCUGAGAGCAGAGGGAUUCUCUGAUUGCCUUGUCUUUUCAACCCCUCCUUGCAACUGGGUUUCUUGUCCUUUGAAGCCUUCGGUGUCCAAUUCCUGGCCUUUCCUGUUGUUUGCCCCCCCACCCCACCCCAACUUGUGCCAUUAAUUUUUGGCCUUCACAAACCAAUCCCGCCUUUGACCUGUGAUCUUUGAAGUUAUUUACCAAGGUUUAUGCCAUUAAUUCUGUUAAUCACCAUGCGAUCUUGAAUUAGUAUUGCUAGUUUAAUAUCAUAAAAAGCUACCUUUUUUGCUUACUUUUGCUCCUGUGAUCAAUAAAGCUGUUGGUGUCUGGAAUCAAUGACUUCUGAUAUGAGCUGGGGGCUAUGUGACUUUUGAGGAUUCUCUUCUGAGAUUUGUGGUUCGGUGAACCGGCUUUUGAAUGAGAAGUUAUUGAUCUCCAAAGUCUGUAUCCCCUGCUAUUUAACAAGUCACUUGUUUCCAUUGACUGCUUAUCUUUCUUCCUGGCUCCAUUUGGAUGGUCUUGUUCCAUGCCAUUGAUGUCAAUCUUUGUCACUGAUAUGGCUGUCUGUUGUUGGAUUGAUACUGUUCCGGAUCACUGACAUCAAAUUUGAAAAAAGUGAUCAACUUUGAAGUUUUCUUCUCCUACAUCAAAAGAAGAGAUCCAAUUCAGAUAGCUGCCUUUAAGAUUUUGCUGUCAAGGAAAGAGAUAGAGAUAGAUGGAAAUGGAUUCAAAUGAUAAGUGUGGGAUGGAGAAGAGGAGUGGGGAUCAUUUGAACCACCAGACUUCUGGUAUCUCUGCUAGCUGGCAAUUCGGAACACCGUCCAUGGGUGCUGUUCCAGCCAACCCUCCCAUUGCCAUGUGUCAAGGUGCUCCUAUCACUUCCUCCUCAUGCCCUUCGGUCACUGUGGUGGACUCCUUUGGUCCUGGCCCCUGGAACCACCCUGCCAAUCCACAGAACUCGGGUUUUAGUAAUGUUCAGACCACCAUGAGUGCUUCCACUAGCAUACCAAUUGGAAAACCAGUCUCAGUGUCUUCUAGAGAAAUGUUCCUGCCACCCAUCCCGGGAAUUCUCCUCCCAAGCCUCUCUCUUUUUCCUGCUGAUUCUGCUUUCAUCGAGAGGGCUGCGAGGUUUUCCUGCUUCAAUGGUGGUAAUUUUAGUGACAUAACGAAUGCUUUCGGCCCUUCUGAAUCUUUAACUCCACUCUCUAAUGCUUCAAGAGAUGUCACGGGAGAUCAGGUCCAGAAGAGUGAAUUACACUUGAAUGAGGUUCCCAGGGACAUCGUUGUGCCAAUUGGUUGUGGAUCCAUUGGUGGAAGUCCAUUGAACAACCGAAGAGACCAGGGGAGCUCCCUAGUUGGGGGCUUGAGCAACGAGUGUUGGGAGGCCAACUUUUCUGAAGAUGAUCAAGAAAAGUCUCCUGAAUUGACCAACACAGCUGGGAAUUCUUCUUCCAGUGAUCUUGCUGCAAAGAAGAGAAAAAGAACCGAUCAGGAUAUGGAAUUGGACCAAGUACAGAGAGGCCCACAAUUAUCAACAGAAAACACAAAGGAUACCACUGAAACUAAACAGAAAGUUGAGAAGAACAGCUCAAAGCCUACUGGAAAGCAGGUCAAAGAUAGCACAGAAGGUCCAAAGGAAGAUUAUAUUCAUGUGAGAGCACGGCGUGGCCAGGCAACUAAUAGCCAUAGUCUUGCAGAAAGAGUAAGAAGGGAAAAAAUAAGUGAAAGGAUGAAGUAUCUUCAAGACCUUGUGCCUGGUUGCAGUAAAGUCACAGGAAAAGCAGUUAUGCUGGAUGAGAUCAUAAACUAUGUUCAAUCUUUACAACGGCAAGUUGAGUUUCUGUCCAUGAAACUUGCGACUGUGAAUCCACGAACGGACUUCAACAUGGAAGGGACUCUUUCAAAAGAUUUCUCUCAGACCUGCGGUGGUUCUUCAUCUAUGAUUGGUUUCUCCCCAGACAUGAUUCUUCCUCAGUUGCAUCCAUCGCAACAGGGUUUGGUUCAAUUUGGGAUCUCUGGCAUGGGAAACCCUUCAGAUGCAAUUAGGAGAGCAAUGAAUGCUCAAUUGACUGCCAUGAAUGGAUUCAAAGAGCCUAUGCCUCAGAUACCAGAUGUGUGGGAUGAUGAGCUUCACAAUGUCAUGCAAUUGAAUUAUAAUGCCAACCCCCCUUUUAACUCAAAAGAGUUGAACAGUAAACCUCGUGAUGGCUUCCCCAUAUAAAACCACGACAAUGGCCGAGUUCCUUAGCUAACAUAAAGUCUCCUUGUCUGGCUUCAUGAGUUUGCUGCCAACAUGUCAUUCAGAAGUUGAGCUUCGGUUAUCACAUUUGAUGCUUUUCAAGCCUCAUGCUCUUGCAAAAUGGUAACUAAGAGGCAAAGAGGAAUGCAUAUGCUCAUCUAAUAGCUCAAGUGGAAGAUAGCUUACAACGGAAGCAUAUGUUUUCAGAGCACUAUCCAACAUUUUGUUAUUGUAUAGCAAAUUAAGAGCUGCUUGCCCUGCAGUUGGUUAUAUUAGGUACUAGUUUCAUUUCUUUUAUUGGAAAGUGUUAAAGGACCCUUAUAUGAUGAGACUGGUAUCAAAAGCUUAGUGUGAUGUAGCCAAAAAAAAAUCCCAAAUGGGUUUAGUGAAGUUCUCCUGUAAAUCAGGUUCUUUUUUACAUUUGAGUAAUUUUCCUUUUUUGUUAAUUUCAGCAUGUCAGUAAAUAUGUUGUAAACAAUGAGUCCCAAUUUGUCUUUCCUAUGUCCAAAGUCUCUGCAACUUCUAUAUAUAUUGUUCUUGUUCAUAUGUCAAAUUUUGACUGAACUAAGGAACAAGAAUAUUAAAUA